GUCGAUACUGCGCGAUUGUCGAUAUGAUUACAGCUGCCAAGGAAUCUUAGCACAGACAUGACGAUGAGCAACGAAAAAGCCAACGAGUACACACCGUCGUUCAGAAUCGAGGAUAACGUAUUGAUUGGCGAGGAGGAAACUCAUCCAGGAUGCACGAACAUCGGAGAACUGGUUCUCGAUAGAUUGAGGAGUAAGCCGGAUUUCGUCGGACAGAUGGAGAUUGUUUCGGGAAAAGAGAGUACCUACGCGGAAAUGAAAGAACGAAGUAUUAAAUGUGCUUUGUGGUUAAGAAAGCACGGCAUCCAAAAAGGCGACAAGGUUGGCAUAUGGACUCACAAUCACAUAGACACUUACGUACCAGUAUAUGCAAGUUUGUACGUUGCUGCAGUAAUAUGUCCGUGGGAUGACAUAGUAUCGAAAAUAUCCGCACGGUACUGUCUAUCGUUAACAUCUCCGAAAGUGGUCUUCGCGAACGCAGAGUCCGUCGAGAAUCUCGUAGAAGCUGCAAGGGAAGAAAAUCUAGAAGUUAAAGUCGUAGUUAUCGGCAGUCUACCAGGAUUCGUGUCUUUGACGGACAUCCUUCAGGAUCAAGUUAUCCCGUCGGAGAUCGAUGAGUUCCGUUGCACCGUAGUCGAUAACCUUCAUGACAUAGCGAUGAUCUGUGCUUCUUCCGGUACGACAGGUAUGCCAAAAGGAACUGAACUGUCUUACGUGUCCCUUUACAACAGCAUCACUCCCGUCGAAGAGGUUCAUAUGAUCAACGAGGUGUCAUUAUCAAUACCCACAAUACGGUGGCACUACGGGCUGAGUCUGAUGUUCGAACUGAUUACGUCUAACGCGAAAUGGAUCAUUAUUCCACCGGAAGCAGCCACGGACGAAGUCCAAAUGUGUAAAAUUAUUCAGGAUUACAGAAUAACAUGGUUUGGAUGCGAUACUUCCUUUCCAUACAGUUUACUCAAAUAUAAUAUUUCACAAAAAUAUCCCAUGCCAUCUCUAAAAAAACUCGUCAUAACUGGUGGGCCAUUUACAAAGAAAAUACAAGAAGAUGUUGCGAAAAUAUUGCCACAUACUCAAAUAUUAAAUUGUUACGGCUUGACUGAUGCGGGAGGAUUAUGCGCGAGCCAAGCGAAAAAUAGUAAGCCAGGUUCCUGUGGCUUUGUCACCAAGGGAAUACGAAUAAAAGUACUGGACGAAAAAACUGGCGAAGCUUUAGGACCUAACCAGAGAGGUGAACUUUGCAUAAAAUCAGAAUUUAUAAUGAAAGGUUAUCACAAAAAUCUAGAAGAAACUAAAAACGCCAUCGAUUCAAAUGGCUGGCUACAUACCAAAGACAUAGUAUAUUACGAUAAGAAAGGCGAAAUUUAUUUUGUCAAUAGAAUUUCGGAUUUUAUUAACUACAAAAGCAUUAAAUUGUCACCCGCAGAAAUAGAAGGUGUACUUGAAAUUCAUCCUUCAGUUUUCCAUGCCGUGGUGGUUCCAAUACCACAUGAAACGGAUGUAGAACAUCCGAUGGCAUUUAUUCAAAAAGUGAUCGGAAAAGAGGUAACAGAGGAAGAACUGCAUGAUCUAGUGGAUAAAAAUUUACCGUGGUAUUGUAAGCUUGUAGGAGGAAUCAAAUUUAUGGACAAACUUCCGCGUGUCAGUACUGGAAAAAUUGAUAGAAAACAACUAAAAUCAUUAGCAAAAAGUUAAACUGAAAGUAUUAUACAUUUCAAGAUAAGUAGAUGUAAUGUAAUACAAACUGCCAUUUAAAGCAAUGAUAAAGAACUUAUAAAAUAAAAGUAAAAAAAAGAUAAAGACUAUUAUUGAAAUAUGUCAGUUAA